AUGAGUGAUGAGGAGUUCCAGGAUGACAAAUGGUAUCCAGGUUUCAGCGCCGUCAUCUCUGGGCCGCUUCGGCAACUCCCACAGAAUCUCAAGACCCUGAUACUUUUCGAGGACUUCAACCCAGUCUUUUUCCCAGAUGCGCCUGCUUCGACGAGAAUACCAAACGCUUCUUUCAUGGUUGAUGCGCAGGACUUUUUCAAUGCCGACCAAGCUUAUCUCGACCCAGAAGACAAGGACCUUGGACUCACGAAUCUCUUGGAGGAGGCGGGAAGAUUUGCGCUUGGAACACCUCGGCUACGCACCAUGAUUCUAUGGUACGGGAACAAGAACAAGGCUUACGCCUUCAUCUACAAAAGGGACGAGACCUCAAUCACUUGGCACGGAACCCGGGAGUUCGACAUGAAUCAACAACGUAUAACCGAGAUCUAG